AUGACAAAAUUUUCAUCAUACUGUGAUAGCUUAUUUAAUGACUCAACUGAGUUUGUUUCUGUACCUCCAUCAUAUCAAACUUCAAUAGUUCCCUAUACAAAAGAUUUGAUGAAUAUAACAGAUGAAGAAGAGAACUCAGAUUGCCAGAUAAUGAAUCGAAUUAUUGGUCCAGUAUUACCGACGUUACACAGAGGAAUAUUUUUAGCAUGUAAGUCACUGGGUUUGAUCAAUGAAACAUUAGUAAGUCAUUACAACUUGUUGGAGAAAUCAGCUCAAGGUUUAUGUAGAAAGGUAGACAAGUUAAUAAAAGACACUUGGAAACUAAAACUUAAUAAUAACAAUAUGAUUUCAUAUGCUUAUCAAUUUGUGUUGGCUUAUGAUUUAUGUUUUGCGGAUCUACCAUUUACUGGAAAUACGAUAAUUGAUUCAUUUGAUCUAAAAGUACUAAAAGAAUUAUAUGUUGAUUUAUUUAGCAGCUCAAAAAUAAUAAAAUUGAGUAUGAAGAGUAAAAAUAGGCAGUUGAUUGCUUCCUCUUAUAAAGAAGAGUUCCAGGACCUAAUUGCAGAUAAGUUGAAAACAAAAUACGGCUAUUGUAUACCCCUGAAUUCAGAAUAUUUUUGUCGUGCUAUAUUUACUCUAACAUUGGUGCUAUAUCUGAAUAAGAUGGCUUUAUUUAAAUACAACAACUAUAAUGAAACGAGUGAGGUUGUUUUUGAAAGGCACGGAUUAUCAAAAUUCAAGACACAUUUGAGAAACUUCUUUAAUUAA